CUUGAGGAUAAGAAGACUACCAAAGUAAUUAACCCACAAAACUGUAAGAAACAUCUACAUGAUGACAUAGGCACUGAUCUAUUACCAAUUCAAAAUGAAAGAAACUUUCUUGCCUUUUCUUUGAUAGUGUCUUCCAAAUGUCAACUCAGGGUUUUCUGCAGUCAAAAAACACAAUUCUCAUGGAAAUGAAAAAAAGGUGCAGAAGAAUCUGAGAUUUACAAGCUAAGGUGGGAGAGAAGAUCAUCCUUGUUCCUGAUGGCUGGAGUUCUAGGAUCAGUGGGUUUCUGGAUGAUUAUUGGUAUCCAUGUAACCUUUUUGGUGUUCGCUCAAGAGGGAGAUCAAUUUUUGUACUAUAACUUCAAGAAUGCAAACCUGAAACUUGAUGGAAUGGCAAAUACCAACGAUGGUCCAUUGCAUCUAACAAAUAAUACAAACACAAGCACCGGUCACGCUUUCUACAAUAUUCCCAUCAAGUUCCCAGCGUCUUCCCUCAGUUCAUUUUCCUUUUCAACAGAAUUUGUCUUUGCAAUCUUCCCACUGCAAACCUAUGCCUACGGUCACGGCAUGGCUUUUGUGGUAUCUCCUACCAAAGACCUCGGGUCAAACGGUACUGAAAAUUCAUAUUUAGGGCUUUUCAACAAAACAAAUGAUAACAACACUACAAACCAUAUCUUUGCUGUAGAACUUGACACUCAUAAAAGCCCUGAGCAAUCAGACAAAAGCGAUAACCAAGUGGGUAUUGAUAUUUACACUACAGACUCAUUUAAAUCUGCAGAGGCUAGUUACUUUAAUGCUACAGAAGGAAAGAACGAAAGCCUGCUGCUUGCUAGUGGAAAAAGUAUUCUGAUCUGGAUAGAUUAUGAUGGAAUAGAGCAAUUACUAAAUGUAACGUUAGCUCCAGUACCAACUUCAAAGCCAGUUUCGCCUCUCUUUUCAAGUUCCAUCAAACCAAGGGUGCCACUCUUGUCAACAUCCAUCAAUCUUUCAGAAAUUUUCAAUGAGACGAUGUAUGUAGGUUUUUCUGGUUCUACAGGUACAAUCAAAAGUAACCAGUAUAUCCUAGGGUGGAGUUUCAAGAAAGGCGGAGAACCGAAAAGCCUUGACAUUUCAAGAAUUUCGGAUCCUCCACCACCAUCUUCUCCGCCACCAACCUCUCCACCACAAUCUUCUCCACCACCACCCUCUCCUCCACCAUCUUCUCUAUCAAGACUGCCAUUAGUGAUUCUAGGCACUAUUAUUAUUAUACCAACAAUUGUUUUUUUUCUAAUAAUAUUGGGAGGAAUUUUGUAUCUGUACAAGAAAAAGAAGUAUGCGGAGGUGCUUGAACAAUGGGAAAAGGAAUAUAGUCCCCAAAGGUACUCCUUUAGGAACCUGUACAAAGCAACCAAAGGUUUCAGGGAGAAUCAGCUGCUUGGAGCAGGAGGGUUUGGAAAAGUCUAUAAAGGAAUACUUCCCAGUGGUACACAAAUCGCAGUUAAGAAAGUCUACCAUGAUGCAGAACAAGGAAUGAAACAGUAUGUGGCAGAGAUAGCUAGUAUGGGAAGGCUAAGGCACAAAAACUUGGUGCAGCUCCUUGGUUACUGCAGAAGGAAAGGUGAAUUGCUCUUGGUCUAUGAUUACAUGCCAAAUGGAAGCCUUGAUGACUACUUGUUCAAUAAAAACAAGCUGAAAGACCUCACUUGGUCACAGAGAGUAAAUAUAAUCAAGGGAGUUGCAUCUGCCCUUCUAUAUCUGCAUGAAGAGUGGGAACAAGUUGUGUUACAUAGAGAUAUAAAAGCCAGCAACAUUCUUUUAGAUGCCGAUCUAAAUGGAAAGUUGGGAGACUUUGGGUUAGCCAGAUUCCACGAUCGUGGUGUCAAUCUUGAAGCCACACGAGUGGUAGGAACCAUUGGUUACAUGGCACCAGAGCUUACUGCAAUGGGAGUAACCACUACUUGGACCGAUGUCUAUGCUUUUGGAGCUUUCAUCCUUGAAGUUGUAUGUGGGAGGAGGCCAGUAGACCCUGAUGCACCACGUGAGCAAAUGAUUUUGGUUAAGUGGGUUGCGAGUUGCGGGAGAAGAGAUGCUUUAACUGAUACUGUUGACAGCAAACUAAUAGGCUAUGAAGUUGGGGAGGUCAAGCUGCUUUUGAAGCUAGGGAUGCUCUGUUCACAAAGUAACCCAGAAAACAGACCCAGUAUGAGACAGAUAUUACAAUAUCUGGAAGGAAAUGUAAGUGUUCCAGCUAUAUCAUUUGAUACUGUUGCACUUGGUAUACCCAAUAUAAGCCAUGAAACAGUAACACAGAUGACAACAACCUCUUCAUCAGCUAAUUUCUCAUUUGAGGAUGUUACAGUCCUAUUUGGUGGUCGCUAGAGCAUGCAACACAAGCUGCUUUAACUACAAGAAAGUACUUUCUACUAUAUUUAAGUGUGUUUUGGUGUGAAUGAUUGUGUUUUAGUGUGAAUGAUUGCCUAUAUGAUGGGAUGUUUGCAAAUCUAUUGCUGCAGUAAACUACUUUCUUUUGUAUAUAAUUUCAGGGAAAUUGGCUAUAAAAACACAUUUCUUUAUA